GUGGUCAUGAUGGUCAUGGUGGUGGUCAUCACCUGCCUGCUAAACCACUAUCGCCUCUCGGCCCGCUCCCUCCGGUCCAGACAGGCCCAGACGCGCAGGAGACACGUGCCGCUCGCCAGCGAGGGCGGUCAGUGGUCCUCCGACGGCACGGGGACGAGCAGUGGUCUGAACGAGCAUCAGGUGUUCAACCCACGUCCUCUGGACCGAGGAGUCUCAUCCUACCUGCAGCGCGACCCGCAGCACAGCCAGCCUCCGCUCCAAUCUCAGCGCUUCCAGCACACGUACGCCCCGAGCCGGUUCCAGCCGACGUACCCCUACCUGCCCCAGAGCCUCGUCGAUCUUCCCCCCACCAUCUCGCUUUCAGACGGCGAGGAACCUCCGCCGUACCAGGGGCCCUGCACCCUGCAGCUCAGAGACCCCGAGCAACAGAUGGAGCUGAACCGCGAGUCGGUCCGGGCCCCUCCCAACCGUACAGUGUUUGACUCCCACCCCCUGGACCCGUCCAACUCCUGCCUGCAGGCCAGACUGCAGGCUCCGCCUCCAAGCGUCCAUUCAGGCAUCAGCGUGCUGGAGGAGGCCUUGUCUCGGCAGCACAAACAGGGCUCUGGAGUUGAAGGAGCUCCUCCGACCUACAGUGAGGUCAUUGGGCACUACUACCACCCAACGACCCUGACCUCCAACCAUCAGACUGUAUCGUCCUCACAGGCAUCCCCGACCACCCUCAUACACGGUCUACUCAGACCUCUGCCUCAGCAGCCAGGAAGUGUGGACAACAGGAACACAAGGAACACAAAGGAGAAAUCCCAGAAGCCCCAGCAGGUGUGA